AUGGCGCUUAUGAUCGGUAGCAAUGGAAAAGUGGUUGGUAUAGAGCACAUACCAGAACUGGUCACAUUAGCAAAGAAAAACACCGAAAAGCACCACGCCGAUCUUCUCAGCAGUGGAAGAGUACUGUUCGUGGAGGGAGACGGACGCGAAGGAUAUGAGAUGGAUCAUAAGUAUGACGCUAUACAUGUUGGAGCAGCUGCAGAGACUAUUCCCCCUGCA